UCAGCGUUAUUUGUAGCGUUAAUGGAUCGAGCUAUCAGCGUCCAGCUGAGAAGAUAACACUGACCACUGCUGACAACAGGAACCCCGCUGCUUUGUUGCCAACAUGCAUGUCAUUAAGCGAGAUGGACGUCAGGAGGUAGUCACCUUUGAUAAAAUCACAUCUCGCAUCCAGAAGCUUUGCUAUGGGCUCAACAGUGACUUUGUGGACCCUGCUCAGAUCACAAUGAAGGUGAUCCAGGGUCUGUACAGUGGAGUCACCACUGUGGAGCUGGACACUCUGGCAGCAGAGACCGCGGCCACCCUCACCACAAAACAUCCCGACUAUGCACUCCUGGCCGCACGAAUCGCUGUGUCGAACCUGCACAAAGAGACCAAGAAAGUAUUCAGUGAUGUGAUGGAAGACCUCUACAACUAUGUGAACCCAUUAAAUAAACGUCAUUCUCCUAUGAUCGCCAAGGAGACCCUCGACAUCAUCAUGGAAAACAAGGCUCGCCUCAACUCUGCCAUCAUUUACGACAGAGACUUCUCUUACAACUUCUUUGGCUUCAAGACUCUUGAGCGGUCGUAUUUGUUGAAGAUUAAUGGCAAAGUUGCUGAGAGGCCCCAGCACAUGCUCAUGAGAGUGGCAGUCGGGAUACAUAAGGGAGACAUUGAUGCCGCCAUCGAGACCUACAACCUGCUGUCAGAGAAGUGGUUCACCCACGCCUCACCUACUCUGUUUAAUGCAGGCACCAACAGGCCACAGCUGUCCAGUUGUUUCUUGUUAGCCAUGAAGGAAGACAGCAUCGAGGGUAUUUACGACACACUGAAGCAGUGCGCUCUCGUCUCCAAAUCAGCUGGAGGUAUUGGACUGGCAGUGAGCUGUAUCAGAGCAACAGGCAGCUAUAUUGCUGGGACAAAUGGCAACUCCAAUGGACUGGUACCUAUGCUCCGAGUCUACAACAACACAGCACGCUACGUGGACCAGGGCGGAAACAAGAGACCUGGAGCCUUCGCUGUGUACCUAGAGCCGUGGCAUUUCGAUGUCUUUGAAUUCCUGGAUUUGAAGAAGAACACAGGUAAAGAGGAGCAGAGGGCCAGAGACCUGUUCUUUGCCAUGUGGAUCCCAGACCUCUUCAUGAAACGAGUGGAAAGCAAUCAGGACUGGUCUCUAUUGUGUCCCAGUGAAUGUCCCGGGUUAGAGGAGUGUUGGGGAGAGGAGUUUGAGCAGCUCUACACUCGAUAUGAAAAGGAGGGCAGGGCUAAGCGUGUGGUGAAGGCUCAGCAGGUGUGGCAUGCCAUCAUUGAGUCUCAAACCGAAACCGGUACGCCAUACAUGCUGUACAAGGACGCCUGCAACAGAAAGAGCAACCAGCAGAAUCUGGGCACCAUCAAAUCCAGCAAUCUUUGCACAGAGAUCGUAGAGUACACAAGCAAAGAUGAGGUUGCUGUUUGUAACCUGGCAUCCAUUGCCCUCAACAUGUAUGUCACCCCAGAAAGGACCUUUGACUUCAAAAAGCUUGCAUCUGUCACCAAAGUCAUCGUCAGGAACCUCAAUAAGAUUAUUGACAUCAACUACUACCCAGUGCCUGAGGCUGAAAGGUCAAACAUGCGCCACAGGCCAAUUGGAAUCGGCGUGCAGGGUCUGGCUGAUGCCUUCAUCCUUAUGCGUUAUCCAUUUGAAAGCUCAGAGGCCCAACUGCUCAACAUUCAGAUCUUCGAGACAAUCUACUACGCUGCCCUAGAGGCCAGCUGUGAGCUUGCAGAAAAACUCGGCACUUAUGAAACCUAUGCCGGCUCACCAGUGAGCAAGGGGAUCCUUCAGUAUGACAUGUGGGAUAAAACUCCAACAGAUUUGUUGGACUGGAAAGCAUUGAAGGAGAAAAUCGCCAAGCAUGGUGUUAGGAACAGUCUGCUCUUGGCCCCUAUGCCCACUGCUUCCACUGCCCAAAUCCUGGGAAACAACGAGUCCAUUGAGGCGUACACCAGCAACAUCUACACCCGCAGGGUGCUCUCUGGAGAGUUCCAGAUUGUAAAUCCUCACCUGCUGAAGGACCUGACAGAGAGAGGACUGUGGAGUGAUGAAAUGAAGAACCAGCUGAUUGCUCAGAACGGGUCCAUCCAGGGUAUUGAGGAGAUCCCUGAUGAUCUGAAGCAGCUGUAUAAGACUGUGUGGGAAAUCUCCCAGAAGACCGUCCUCAAGAUGGCAGCAGAUCGUGGCGCCUACAUUGACCAGAGCCAGUCUCUGAAUAUCCACAUUGCUGAGCCAAACUAUGGCAAAUUGACCAGCAUGCACUUCUAUGGGUGGAAGUUGGGACUGAAAACUGGUAUGUACUACCUGCGGACGAAGCCUGCUGCCAACCCCAUUCAGUUCACCCUGAACAAGGAGAAGCUAAAGGAGGCCCAGACAACCAAGAGUGAGGAGGAGGAGGCGGCGGAGGCGGCGGCAAUCAAAGAGCGCAACACUGCUGCCAUGGUCUGCUCAUUAGCAAACAGAGACGAGUGCCUGAUGUGUGGUUCAUAAAUGAAGUGUCAUUCACCCAAACACACUCCACCUCAUCCACCAGCUUCCCCACAUACACCUGGUUCUUUUUAUUUGUAUAUGUCAUGUUAUGUUGUAUGCCGCUGUCUUCAAGUCACAAAUCCUUGAGGUGCUUAUUUAAUAUUUUCUGGGUUUUUUAUCAUGAAUUUUGUAUGCAUGUAUGUAUAGAAUUGAUAGGGUUACAUGGAAUUAAUAUUUGCCCUUUUUGUUUUUUAUCAAUACAGUUUUGUAAGCUGUGGGUCACAUAAUGAACUUUGUGAUUGUAUUUUAGAUGUGUGGAAAAUUAAACUUCUUGUACAAUCAAUUUUAAAAAA